ACCACCUUCCUGUGCCUGGUGUCAGGCCCAUUUCCCUUGCAACUAUGAACCAGGCCUUCUGGAAAACCUAUAAGUCCAAAGUGCUACAGACUCUGAGUGGGGAAUCUGAGGAGGGACUGGCAGAGGAGAGGGGGAACCCAGUGUUGGUGGAGUCUGAGACAGCAGAACCUACCGAAGAGGCUUUCAAUGCCAUGUCACAGCUGGUGCGCCGGGUUCAGGGGGUUGGAGUGAAAGGUUGGCUGACAAUGUCAUCUCUGUUUAACAAAGAAGAUGAGGACAAGCUGCUGCCACCAGAGCCCUGUGCUGACCACCCGCUGGCGGCGCGGUCCUCCUCGCAGGCGGAGGCCCCGGCGGAGGCAGAGCGGCGCGGGUCGGGAUUCUGGGACGCGUUCGCCAGCAGGUGGCAGCAGCAGGCGGCGGCGGCGUCCGUGCUGCGCGGCGCCGAACCAACCCCUGGGUCGGAUCCCGAAGUCGCAGACGAGGCUGCCGAGCGCCCAGAUCCGGGGGAGGCCGAUGCUGUGCCCGGCUUCAAGUGGGGUCUCCUCACCCACAAACUAGCCGAGAUGAGGAUGAAGGCUGCGCCCAAGGGCGAUUAGCCGGGCUGCCCAACGGGGUGUCCGCCCCUCCC